AUGGAAGGUAAGCUCCCCGAGGCCUCUCUUCUGCAUGCAGGCCCGCCUAGUGGAUCCACGGCGGAGGAGCCAACCCCGUGUCGUGAAUGCCGCCGGCGAAGGAUGAAGUGCGACGGCGUCAUGCCCGUGUGCUCCAUUUGUCGGAAGUAUAGACGCCACUGCCUAUAUGACAAGCACAGCAGGACUCGCUUGACACGAAGGCAUGUCACCAUCUUGGAGGAACGUCUUGAAAAAGCCGAGGCCCUCUUGAGACGCCACUACACCGACAGCCAGAUUGCGGAGCUGAUGGACGGAGGUGAGGCUGCAGUACCGGGGCCAGCUAGCUUGCCUCCUGUAACUCCGAAUUGUUCUGCCACGUCGCCACCCCAAAGCCUCGCCCAACCACCAGCCCCGGCACCAGACGCUCGGCCUUCCAUGUCAACAACAGCGAGCCUGGUGACUCUUACCUCUGACAUCUCGCAACUAGCACCAUGCACCGACUUGGGAGUCAAUGCAGGCCCUCUGCCCGGAUCUCAGGCCACCGCAUAUGAGAUUGCCCCGACUCUAGCCGACAGCUUCGAGUGGAACGAGCAAGAGGUAUCAUGGGGCACGUACGAUCCAUCUCGUUGGUCGGGUAUGGAUUCUCUCAAUGGGGACUCUACUCAAACCAUCAUGGAUGGCAUGGCUGCCCUGACUGUGGGCGACCACAACAGAGGUUACCUGGGUGCGGUUUCCGGGGCCGCUUUGCUACGUCAAAUUCUCUCAGCCCACCCAGACGGAGAAGAAGUUGAUGUGGAAGUUGCACUGCAUCAGAUCGAGUCUCUGUUCCAACAGCACUCAGAUCACUCCCGCUGGUUUCGCACCCAGGCCAUGCUGACCCGGGUGGCAGUAGAGAAUCUUAUUGACGCCUUUUUCGCCCUCUAUCAUUCCACGUUCCCAAUCGUACACGAGCCCACCUUCCGGGCGCAGUACGCGGGCACCUUGCCUUGCACCAACAAGGACCACUGGAAUAUUCUCGCAAACAUUCUUGCGGCGCUCGGGUCGUUUGCAAGCAGCAACGCCGCCGACGCCACCGAUUUGCCCAUCUUCCAGGCGGCGCAGAAGAGCCUGCUAUCAGACAACCUCGAGGUUGGGAACUUGACCCUUGUCCAGGCAUUUGGCCUAUCAGCAAACUAUCUGCAAAAGAGGAACAAGCCCAACAGCGGGUAUAACUAUGGCGGCCUGGCACUCCGGCUGGCCAUUGGAUUGGGCCUUCACAAGGAGUUUGAAGGGGACAGCAUCUCGCCUCUGCAGAGGGAAAUCCGGCGCAGAGCAUGGUGGUGCCUCUGCGUCCUCGAUGUGGGUGCCACCAUCACCUAUGGCAGACCACUGAGCUGGCCGCAGGCCGGUGUUGAGGCAGCCCUCCCUCAGAAUAUCCACGAGAAGAAUCUGACAUCGACUUCAACUUGUUGCCCACCAGAGGUGGAUGGCGUGACGGAAUACACCUACAUCCGGGUUCAAUCCGCCUAUCACCUCAGCACAAUGAGCAUCUACAAUCGCCUCAUCACUAGUCCCUUCCCGUCAGCUGCGGAGCUGAUUGCUCUGGACGACGUAUGCAUCGGCUCUUGGCUCGCUCAAGUGCCCCACUACUACUUUGCCUCGCCUCCGCCUAAAUCUGAACACGCGCUCGGCAUUGGCAUCUCGAAAUGGCGGUACAGAAACCUCAGAAUCGUCAUGUACCGCCCCUUUCUUGUCCGAUGGGCGCGAGCCUCAUCCUCAAACACCCAGCAGAGCUCAUUAAGUAUCGAAAACCUAGCCGUCUUUAGGUGUCUUGACGCCGCCAAGGAAACCAUCACGUCGAUCCAAGGCUAUUGGGCAUCUCGGUCUCACUCCAGGCUCGCGGCAUGGUAUAUCUUGUAA